AAGUAAAAGUGGCACUGGGGAAGUGAUACUUUCUUAUUUCUGACUUCUAACUGAACUAAUUUAUUAUUGCUAAAUUGAUAGCUAACACAUUCAUACACCAUUUUGGAGAGUGCUAGAGAAGGUACCCGAAAUAGAAGGACGGAAAGGUUGGAGAGAGUCCGAAAUAUUCAACAGAAUAAAAUACCUUAAAAAAAAUAAAAAUGAGUCGUGAACCACAAACACCACCAAAGUCAAUACAUACAAGAAGUAAUUUCCCUGCUUUCAAUACACCGGUCACGGACAGGAAAGUCAGACAUGUACCAUACCCAGAGGCCAGUUCUGCAAGUACUGGUGGUGGGCUAAUUACAGAACCAGUCACACCGGAAAUAACUCCUCGGAAAAGAAGAGGUCUGAGAGUUCUGAAGGAUUUAAUAAGGACCCCACCAAGCACGGCGAAGAGAGAUCAUCAUAACAUCCACCACUCAAAUAGUUUUCUUAUGGCCCCCUUGCCACUGACGAUCGGCUCGGGUCGUAAGGCCAGGUUGAGACUCGAAAGUCUUGCCCAAUCACUACUUGAAGAUCAACCAAGACUGACAGGAUUUGGGUUGGGAAUUAAGUCUCCAGAUCUUAAGCCAGAUUUAAACUUACACGUGGCCAACGAGCAUACAGAAGUACAUUCAGAAGUUCCAGUACCAACAACCCCUACCAAUAAAAUUAUACAACCAAUGGAAAAUACAAGAAUCUUUCAUGAAGACGAUGAAGUUAAUGAGAUUGAAAUUUCAAAAAUUCGAAAUGAGAUCAACCCAUUUAUACAGAAAAGUCCACAAUUGGUGAAUCCAUUCCAAACUACUAAUAGACCAACCCGGGUGGAUUACUCGAAAAAUAUGGAAGUGUACAAUAGUAGGACAGGGAAAUACACGGUCUCUGAUCUUUCCGAGUCGGAGCGUAAAAUAAAGCCCAAAAAAUUGGAUUUUUCUGCAGCUCAGGAAGUUGAAGAAGUCCCCGACGAAGAAGAUUACCGUGGUAAGAAAUUUGUAAUGAAGAAUUUGAAUGGGUUUAUGGUUGACAUGCAACCUAAGAACAGUUUAGGGUUUGAAAUAUUUAAGGAUGAAAAUGUGUAGUGGGGUUC